GCGCGUGGUGUGCGAUGCGGAAAUGAGUUUAGCCAGGCUUGUUUUUUUUUGUAACGAAACGAAAAACCCACCGCGCGAGAAUGCGUAUGGAAUCUGGAGAGCGUGUGAACGACGGGAGUCAUGCAUGUGAGAGAGCGAGAGCAACUGCGAAGUGAGUGAGUGAGAGCGAGAAAGCGGGAUGAGUGUAGGAGCAGGUGAGCUUGAUUAAUUUCGACUAAGUUUGAGUCAGAGUCGUAUUUAUUAUAAUGACAGUGCACACUACAUCACUGAGUUCUCGAUGCAAUAAGAUUGUGACUCUAAACAGCGACAAAUUCCUCGCGAACAAAAGUUCUUUUACUACUGCUACGACUGCUUCAUGUAUACUUCGGAGCAGGCACGCGAAUCGCGGUUCUUUCGCUGUUAUCGAGCAAUUCCGGCACGGAGUUUGUUGGUCACUCGCGUUAGCUCAAAAUUCUAUAAACGUUUCCGCAGAGUUAUAAUUAUCUCGCUCGUGCGUUUCGCUCGCAGGAACUCUCGACCGAAUCUGACUGGCCCACGCUCAGGCAGUUCGCCAUGAGCGCUGUACUAGGUAACACGCAUUCUUAAAUAAACAUUGAUACGUAGAUUUUAUUCAAUUACUGCACGUAUCUCCAACACUAAUAAACAAUUUCAGUUCUUUGCCGCGAGCAAUUUUAAUCAGUAGCCAUGUUCGAUUGCAAAACACCUCGAUUAGCAAAUAGAUAUCAGAUGAAGAUAGAGAAAAUGAUCCAUUCGCCUUCGAUAGAGCGCAUCUUACGUCCAAUAUCGUACAUCUCCUGGCUCAUGGGAGUCGGUGUUGCACGUCCGCGAAAGUGUCCCAAGACUGUAACGAUAAUCCUACGUAUCCUGCACUUAGUCGUGUGUUCCAUUAACAUUGCGUACGGCCCACUAAUUUUCUUCUUCUACAAUAAAGUGGCUAAUAUAUUCAACAAUAUAUUUACGUAUAUGUAUUUUAUAACCUGGGUGAUUAGUUACGUGUCUGCAUAUUAUUACAUUUAUCAAGGGAUCAAGCACUAUAACAAGUGGCCGAAGCUAAUGGAGAGAAUAAAGAAGCUCGAUCAGAAGAUUAGGAUGGAAAUACCAAUGAAUGAUCAGCCGGUAAAAAACGCGGUAGUGCUAGCGAUUCUCGCGAUUUUCGCUUUUUGUUCCUUGUUAAUAAUCGUGUACGUGAUGCACGAGGUUUACAUAGAAGAAGCAUUAAGAACCAUGAGCAAAGAUGAGUUAAUUUUACUUUUUGGAAACCGAUCGCUAACUGACCUAAAAAAUCACUCUGAGAUCGCGGAGUUGUCGAUUUUAUAUAUGUUAGCUCAAUCAAUGAUCAACAGCUUUAUCUUCGCUGUUGUUGUCUAUGUGCUAUAUUACAGACUCCAAACAAUAAAUAAAUUAAUCACCCAAUUGAACCUGUUUUCUGAUGCAUCAUGGGUCGCGCUUAAGAUUAGACGCAUCAGAGAACUGCAUAAUAGUAUUCGUAUUAUCAUCAUCAUGAUAAACGAUAUUCACGGAUUUCAUCUCCUUCUCUGCACGGUAAACUGCUUAAUCUUAGUUUUGACCGUACUGCUUAGAAUUUAUAUAGGCCUCGUGCAAGACCAUAAGUGUUUCACAUGGAUAUUAGCAAAUAUUAUUUGGAUUCUGUAUGUCACGCAAUUCUAUGUAAUAUGCUGGACUUGUACACUCGUGCAUGACGAAUUCCAGAAGACCGGGACAUUUAUAUACGAUUUUAUACUGAAUAGUAAAAACCUCGACGGAGACAGUGUCAGAAACGAGAUCACUGAUUUUUCAAAUCAGCUGCAACAGCAUCGAGUAGUAUUAUUUACGACCAGCAAUUUCUUCGAAAUAAACAAUUUUCUGUUUAUUUAUUACAUCGGGGCCAUCAUCACUCAUCUAGUGAUCCUUAUUCAAUUUUAUAAAGAAAAUCGUUCGUAUGGCUUAUCUCCAUCACAAGUAUGCCACUUAUUUUGAAGUCCAACAACACCAAUUUCUUUUUGCAUUAACUUUUCAUAGUGAAUUGUUUCAUAGAUAAUAGUUUUUUUUAAAUGUUGAUAAUUAAACAAAGUUGAUAAUUAAACAAACUGAAUCUGAUAAAAUAAAUAAAGUAAUUCAACGUUAAUAUAUUUGCAACUAUUUUUGAUGAUUAAUUUGCACAAAAAAAUAGUAUAUAAAAGGAGCGAAUGCAAGUUGGAUUCGGUAAUUAGAGACCAGUUUAUAUUUUAGUGACAAAAUAAUUUAUUAAUAAAAUUAUAAUUAAACACGUUUCGAUUCUUUAUAGUUGAAUCACCUUCACAAAAUUUUACAAAAAAAGUCCCUAAUGUGGAUCAGAGAUGUAUUAUUUUCUGCACAAAGGGAUGCCAAAAUAUAGGAGCUGCUUAAUAAAUAAUAAUACAAAAUUAUUUUAAAAGAAUUAGAACGUCUAAGAAUUAACGAGAUCGUUAAUUCGAUCUCUUUUUAUUUCUCGGUACAUCAAAAUACAUUCUGCUACAAGUUACUUAUAUGAGUUACCGUAAGUUGUUUAUUUGAAGUUUAUUAAUUUCAAGAAUCACAAGAAAAAAUGUUUGAAUUUAAUCUGAGUACGAAAAUGUUAAAGAAGGUAACAUUAUCUGAUAAAAAAUUCAAAAAGAUAGUAAAGGAUAGUAUUGAACACAUUGUUGUGUACGCCGGUGAGUCACUGGAAAUUCCUCAGUACACGCACUUGUAAAACUGCUCUUCUUUUUCUUAUCACUUCCGAUAAGUAAAUAUAGAUCUUAGAAACUUGAAAGGAAAUACACUACUCGAGUGUGAUAUAUAAGGCAAUAAUUUAAUAGAAUUUAAGGGAAAAUCGGCGAGAUGGUGAUUGUUACAAGUAUUGCUCGAGGUAUUUAUAGCUCAUAUUGCUCGAUAUGUUUGUCACUUCAUGUUAAUGUCUGUCUCAAAACGCGCUUGUGAUAUUCGUUCCCUAAGACCUAUUGUCUGUCGAAAAUACAAAAAUAUACGAAAUAUCUUGGAAAGGCUCACUAUUAUUUCCCUAACACCUAACGAACGGAUCCGUGAAUAAAUAUAAUAUGUAACAUACAUUGAAUGAAAGCUAUAGAGUCAAAUUGCGAGUUAAAAAAUUUAUUCUUUUCGUCUAACAGGAUUCAAAA